AGAUAGUCCCACUGGCCCUAGGUGGGCCUGCAUGGAUCCGGCUUCGUCUGUAGUUAUUAGCUUUUAUGAGGAAAGGGUUUAUGCUGAGUACAUUUUGGAGCUGGAGAUUUAGACCUGCAUCUCACUACCGCCUGUUGAUCCCCUCUCAUGCAGACAGUAAGGCUACUACAAGGAGAAGAUGAAGCGUAAUUUACAGUUAGUUUUGCCGUUCUUCAUGUACACUGUGGUGACCACCAUACCUGCGAUUGACUCAUUGAGUCAAGAUGAAUUUCUCUGUAAGCACAGCCAAGCUUACAACGCCCCGACGUCUGCAAACCUGCUGUGUACACCAAGCGGAAGUGACGUCAGCGUAAUCAUCACGCGCGUCAUUAGUAGCGAUACCACCAAGGAAGUCUUUAAAAACAUCAGCACCGAAUGUAAUGGGCUGCAAACUUGCGCACUGGAGCGUUACAUCAACAACUACAAGCGUUUUCAAUCGGAAAAUACAGGGGAGUUUAAAGUAGAGUACAAGUGCCUCAGUGCAAAACGUCUCAAAUCUUCAAACCAUAUAAAGUCAAAGUCUAUCCCAACUUCGGUAACGGUUUUGAAACUGUCCCCUGGUGAUGAAAACAACUGGGACAUGCGAGUUAGGUCUCCUGCCUUACAGAUCUCAGUGAUGAAUUGUAUGACAGACGACGGAGAACCUUGUUCAGUAAAGGGUUUCAUCAAACUGACGUCAUCCUUGACGGACGUGGGCUUUGACGACAAAGGAUUCGGUUGCCUAUCUAUCAACACAUCAAGCCACACCCUAAACAUGUCAGCGACUUACCAGCCAGUUGACUUGCUCUUGGCUGUUCCUCUUUUGAUAUAUUUCAAAGAAGCAAACAAUUGCAGCGAAAAAGUGAUUUCGAGCACGCCCACCAAUACAAUGACAUGUACCUUCAGCCAGACAGCUCAGUACGGACAGACAGACACUGUAGAUGACACUCGCAAUAGGACGACGCUGAUAGACGAAAAUGUGACUAGUGUGAUUGAUGACACUGAUAACGACACCCACAACGGCACGGCGCUAAUAGAGCAAAACGUCACUAACCAAGAUAAAGGCAGAGGGAUCGCUGAUGACGACCAAACCAACUCAGAUGAAGGUGCGCAAGAUGAAGUGGUCAUAGUUGUAGUUGCCGUAUUAGCGGUUGUUCUAAUCCUCGUGUGCACAGCUGUUCUCAUCGCUAAGGUCCUCAGGAAGCGCAGAAAGAGAGAGAGACCCUUGUUGGUUAAGUCCCAGAAGGGUGAUGUGGAAGCACAUGACGGCCUUCAGAACGAGGUUGAUGUGACUGCAUUUCCCGGUGACGUCACAUCAGGAAGCAGAUUCGGUCAGACCUACCAAGCAGCACCUGACAGACACCUCUUGAACACCAGUCUUACGGACGCCAUCGAUUUGGAUGGUGAUCAGUCCGACGGCUCCCGGCCAACGAGUAUACACGUGCCGAAUCAGGAAACUAAUUUAAAAGUGGCGUUUGAGCGCCAGCUCUCUCCGGUGAGCUACGAGAGUGCGUUUGAGGGAACGCUGGAUAAUGUAGUCUUGGAGUUAGCGAGAAGGAGUCAAGAUUCGGACUCUCCAGACGAAAGUCUGUCUUCUAACGUCACGCAAACUACCGAUGGCAGAGAUUUGGGGGACGGCGAAGAGAACCGGGAUGAUGAGACGAGCGAAGAUACCAGUAACUCCAAGAGCGAGAAAGAAACGAAAAUAGAAAAUCCUGACCAAGAAACAGAGAGUGACGAUGGAAACACAGGCGGUAACUCAACGUCUCUCGACAAACCUGAAUUAGGUCAGAUUGAGACGAUGACUCCAAGCGGUAGAGAAGACACACAGGUCACUGAGGAAAGUGAACAAGAAGUAGAGGAAACCCUUUCCUCCCGUGGAGAGAUCCCAGUUGUGAAAAUCACCCAGGCCCCAGACAGCCAUGACGAUGACGCGACGUCAAUAUCAAGACCAACCCCACCACUAACAGCAAACACACCUACACCUCCAGGCGAAUUUCUUUCUAAGGGAAGCAACUCUGACCCCGAUUAUGAUGAGUUUACUGGGUGGUCGGACGAGGACGCUCCCCGAAGUCCACGGGAAGUGACCUUCACAGAAAACACCAACGGCGUCCGUGCACCUCCCGAUGGGGAUUCCAUACCAACUUCAUUUGUGAUGGUUGAGGACGACAUGUAUCAGUCAGCAGACGUUCCUAAAACGUGAGAACUUAACCGCGGGCAUGACUCAUGGACACUUGAUAAAGCUAUUAUGGUAAGGGUUCGGUAACAGUGUACCAUAUUUCUUUUCCAAGAAAAGAACAGUUUGAAUUAAGUGCCAUAAACACAUGAAAAUUGUACCGUGUUGAAGGGCCCAAGGUCGUGUGGCAGGAAUAUGGAAACAUUACAGCCAAUGUAAGCCUACAUAGAUGAACACAGGGUGAUGCCGUAUGCUUGCUAUCCUACACGGAUCUAUGUUGUAACCGUUUCCUCUGCAGAUGAAUUCCCUUCAACCAGUUUUGUUCAUAGCAUUCACCAACUUUCGGUCAUAACACCAAGUUUCCCUCAUAACAUUUACCAAGUUUCCCUCAUAACAUUGACCAAGUUUCCCUAAUAACAUUGACCAAGUUUCCCUCAUAACAUUGACCAAGUUUCCCUCAUAACAUUGACCAAGUUUCCCUCAUAACACUACGCCUAAAUAUUGACCAAGAUGGAUUUGCUGAGAGCAGCUUAUAACUGAUCAAAGCCAAAAUGACAUAACAGGUGUUUAAAUGGUGACUAUAAAGCAAUUUGUCGUUUAAUUUGUCUCCAAAGACUUAAGGGCUUAAAUUCAGUAUAUAUCUGUAAUUUCAUAAAGACUGCAUAAUUUUAGAUUCGCUUCUCUCUAUAUACCAAUGAACAACAAUUAGCCUGUAAAUUUUAAUGGACGAUCGUCAAGAAUUAUGAUGAAAUCAGACUUUAUAUUUUAAUACUUCUUCAUAAUAGACUGUUAAAUGACAUACUUGAGAAUAUGCUUGAGCCCACGGGGCUUAAUUGUGAAUGAAUACUAAUACAAUAAUAAAUGUAUAUCGUUCUAACAGAUGGCAAUUUUAAUAUAUAUGUAUAUACCUUUUUGUAUCUGUGGAUUUGCGAUGAACUUUAUUGCUUCAUUGUCACGGUAUUGUUUUAUGUAUAGUUUAAAUUGAGCAUUAGACUAUGUCUCCUAUAUUUCUGGCCCUUACAUCAUAAAAUGAACAAAAUAAACCACUGAGACAUCAUCCCUGAUCAUUCCUGCAUUGGACAGUACGGCGUUAAAUAUCAUCAGCAGCCAUUCGUUCAUUGGAGUGUCUUGGGCUAAACAUCACCACCAGCCACUCCUUCAUUGGGGUGUGUUGUGUCAAACAUUAUCACCAGUCAGUCCGUCAGUGGAGUGUGUUGCGCCAAACAUCAUCACCAGUCAUGCCUUCCUUGGGCUGUAUGACGCCAAGCAUCAUCACUAGUCACUACUUCAGUGGAGUGUAUGGCACUAAACAUCAUCACUCAUCAUUCCUUUAGUGGAGUGUCUUGCGCCAAACAUCAUGACGAGCUAAUCAUUCAUAAGAGGGUAUUUCGCUUAACAUCAUCACCAGUCACUCUUUCAUUGGAGUGUAUUGUGCGGAACAUCAUCACCAGUCUCUCCUUCAUUGCUUUGUAUUGCACCGAACAUCAUCACCAGUUACUCCUUCAUUGGAUUGUAUUGCACCAAACACCACUACAAGUCACUCCUUCAUUGGAUUGUAUUGUACUAAACAUCAUCACCAGUCACUCCUUCAUUGGAUUGUAUUGUGCUCAACACCAUCACCAGUCACUCCUUCAAUGGAUUGUAUUGUGCUAAACACCAUCACCAGUCACUCCUUCAUUGGAGUCCAUUGCACCAAACACCACCACAAGUCACUCCUUCAUUGGAUUGUAUUGGGCUUAACACCAUCACCAGUCACAACUUCAUUGGAGUCUAUUGCACCAAACACCACCACAAGUCACUCCUUUAUUGGAUUGUAUUGUGCUAAGCAUCAUCACCAGUUACUCCUCCACUGGAGUCUAUUGUACCAAACACCACCAACAGUCAUUCCGUCUUUGGAUUGUAUUGUGCCAAAGACCAUCACCAGUCACUCCUUCAUUGCUUUGUAUUGCACCAAACACCACCACAAGUCACUCCUUCAUUGCUUUGUAUUGUACUAAACAUCAUCACCA